CAUGGUGUAAAUAGAAUCUAUCGCUAUUUUCACCUAGUGUAAAUAGCAUAUCGCUAAGAAAAUGCUAUUUUCACUUAGUGUAAAUAGACACUGCCUGAAAUUUAUGCAGUUUUAUUAAAAAUGCACCAUUGGAAAUGGAUGUACAGAGGUGGAGAGUUUCUGUGCACAUAAAGUGCUUCGAUUGAACCAUUUCCUGGAUGCAAUAUAUAUGAAUGAGUUCAAACUAGUGAAUCUAUUCUCAGCUCAGUCGUUUGACUACUCCCUUGGCUUUAAUGCCUGGGAAAUUAUUACACCAUCACUACACGCAUGUGUAAAAACUGCCAAAUAUUUUCCAAUUUUGGUUUCUUUAUUUGAGACAAAAACCUCUAAAACUGGGUUAAGACACAAAUGUUAAUGUUUAACACAAAUUAGAUAGCUUUUACAACCUUUUAGGGGUUCCAUCAUGGGAUCAAUGUAUGGAUUUAAUUUCAAUUUAUUAAUUUUGAUUGAAUUCAUUUUUAUUUGUAAUUAAAUUAAAAAGCUCGUAAACACAAAAAUUGUAAUAACCCGUUAAACGUAAGUAUCACGCAAUCAUUUAAGACAUUUCUCCUUAUAUGGAAUUUUUUGGCAAUAACGUUUCUUAACUGUCGGUGAAAUCGCACAUUGCUUUACCAUGGAAAAGAUACUUAACUUUCUUUUAGCAGGCUCCUCCCCCUAGUGGGUGGUGUCACGUUUUAUAUUACAAAAUUUACUACACUAUUUUAUAAUCAACUUUUUCCCUAAUCUUGACAAAACACAUAUCGUUGAGACUCAGGGUUUCAUAUUUGGUGGCUGUUUUGUGAUAGAAGUGAAAAAAAAUUGUAUUAAGUUAUGAAAGGAGAACACGUCAAAUGCAUCACCCGGUGGCUAUUUUUGGUACUGCGCCUAAACAAAAUCUCACAGGAACUUCAAAUUUGGAUCACAACUUGGAACAGGGUUGGGAAACUUUGGUUAACGAUGGUUCUUUUCAGCAGCUCCUCCCAAACAAACUAUUUAGAACUUGUUCUGCAUCAAUUAUUGGAAACUUAUAAAACGAUUGAUAUUGGAGCGUGUGGAGUGGCGGUCGGUUAUCCACUGGACACUGUGAAAGUCAGAAUCCAAACUCAGAAGCAGUUCACUGGAAUCUGGCAGUGCUUCGUAACGACCGUCAAAAAAGAAGGGGUUCAUGGCUUCUUUAAGGGAAUGGCUUUGCCUGUCACCACUAUAUCCAUGACAUCCUCUGUGGUGUUCGGCACUUACCGGAACUGUCUGCAGUGUUUCAGUCAGCUCCGCGGGAUCGGCGCUCCCAACUCCAAGAUAGAUAUUUUCCUGUCAGGCAUGGCGGGUGGCGUGGCACAGAUCUCUGUGAUGUCACCUGGCGACAUUGUGAAAGUUCGUCUUCAGUGUCAGACCGAGCGCAAGAGCAGCGGAUUCAGUCGCGCCAAACCCAAAUACAGCGGCCCGAUCCACUGCCUGCUGACCAUCGCUAAAGAGGAGGGAGUUUUAGGGCUUUACAGAGGAGCUCUUCCUCUGGCCUUCAGGGACGGUCCGUCAUACGCCACCUACUUCCUGACGUACAACACGCUGUGUUCACAACUAACUCCAGCGGGGCAGAAAGAGCCAGAGUGGACCGCGGUGCUGUUGGCCGGUGGAGUUGCAGGAAUGGCCGGCUGGUCCGUCGGGACGCCCAUGGAUGUGAUCAAAGCCCGUCUGCAGAUGGACGGAGUGCGAGAGGAGAAGAGAUUCCGAGGACUCGUUCACUGCCUCACAGAGACCGUGCGGAACGAAGGGCCAGGAAUUUUCUUCAAAAGUUUGGGAAUAAACUGCUUGCGGGCGUUUCCCGUUAACAUGGUGGUUUUUGCGGUGUACGAGGUCAGUGUUCGUGUGCUCAGGUCAGCGCCUCUGGAUCAGCUCUCAUGAGGAGGAAGCACUUCUGAUCACGCUGCUAAUGUAAUCUGAUCAGGUUUUUGUCUUAUUGUAUUAUAAUGUGUAUUUAACAUGCCUGGGGAAUGUAGACCAUGAGUCCAGAACGUGACACAUUCUACCCCAAAAUAAAAAAAAUAUAUUUUUUUUUUACUUUAAGAUAUUUUGUAUGAAAUGAGAAUGUUUUUUUGUUAAAUGCAAUAUUUUGCACAGUAUAUUAUUUUGAAUAGACUUUAAUUUAUUAGAAUGAGAAUAAAUGUAUUAGUACGGAAGAGGAUUAGGGCCAAGCAAUAAUAAAAAAUUAAAACCAUCUCGAGAUUAAAGUUAUUGAAUUUCGAGAA